AUAAACGAGAGACCUUGCGAAAGUAAGAUCACGUGACUGAAUGAUGGGUCACGUGUUCUAGACUGUAGCUGAUUGGUUAAUCGGAUCUGCGGCGGCUCUUCGACGUCUAGAAAAUCAGUUCGGGCUUCUGAAUACGAAGACUUUGUUCCCGUCACGCAAAGAGAGAGCAUGACUCCCGAAUUAGAUCUGGAUGAUUUACAAUUAUUUGUUAAAAAAAGUUUUCAACUGAAUUGGUGAUCAAAAGAGUUGGUGAAUUGUUUCAUAAAAGAAUGAAAUGAAAGGAAUACUAUAAUUAAAUAGAACAAUUAAUUUUACGCAUUUCUAUGUAAAACACAAAUGUUUUCAACGCUGAAGUUAAAACAUGUCCAUAUUAAAGACAAAAACCUUCUGUUGAACACAAUAAAUACAAUUCUGAAAGAUGGACGUAAUUGUUUGCAGGUUGUUACUGAUUUUGACUUGACACUAACAAAACAACAUGUUAAUGGCAAAAAAGCUCUCAGUAGUUUUGGCAUAUUUAGUAAAUCCAAGCAACUUCCUGAGAUUUACGCGAAAGAGUCUGGUCGCCUAUAUAAAAAAUAUAGACCAAUUGAAAUAGAUCCAAAUUUACCACUUGAAGAAAAAGCAGAAGCAAUGACAAAUUGGAUGAUAGCAGCAGAAGAAAUAUUACAAGGAAUACCCUUUGAUCCAAAAGAAAUAUCAGAAGUUGUUAAAAUUUAUGGAUCAGAUUUGAGGGAUGGUACUAAAGAACUUUUUAAAAAAUUCCAUUCUGCUGGAAUUCCAGUGCUCGUUUUUAGUGCUGGCUUAGGGGAUGUUGUUGAAGCUGUUUUGAAAGCUCAAGGAGUUUUAUUUGAUAAUGUAAAGGUUAUCUCCAAUUUUCUCAAAUACAAAGAUGGGAAAUUGACAGGUUUUAAAAACAAAAAACUAAUUCAUGUUUUCAAUAAAAAUGAACAUACUGUUGAACAAGAAUACUUUAAAUUUCUUGAAGGAAGAAGAAAUGUUUUUUUAAUGGGUGAUACUACAGGAGAUGCAUCAAUGGUAGAUGGCAUUGAAGAUUUAGGUGCAGUGUUAAAAGUUGGUUUCCUCUAUGACAAUAAAUGGUUAAAAUUGUUUCAGAUUGAAAGUAGCUUGUCUUCGUUCAUGGAAAAAUUUGAUAUUGUCUUGGUCGAUGACCAAACAAUGCAAGUUCCAAUAAACAUUCUACAAUCAUUACUAUAAUGUAUAAAAUAAUUUAAUUAUAUAUAUGUAUAUACAUUUUU